AUGAGUGUUGUUGGCACAAUACCGUAUCUUGCGCCGGAAGUGAUCCGUGAUCGUAAAUGCUCGAAGGCGAUGGAUGUUUGGAGUUUUGGACUUGUUUUAUGGGAGGUUCUAACCGGCACAACACCUUUCGAAGGCCUUGGUCCCGGUGCUGUACAGCUGCAGGUGAAGAUCGGUACAUUUGUAAAGCAGAAAAUCCCAUCGUCUUGUCCACCGGAUUUGAAAGAGAUCAUCGAAAGCUGUUGGCGUGAUAAUCCAUUGGAAAGGCCAACAUUUAAAGAACUGAUCAGGAAACUGGAGAAAUUUGGUGACAAAUUUCGAACAUCUGAUCCACAAGAGCAAGCGGUGCGCAUACAAAUUCUUUUUGUGGAAAGCAGCCUGUACACAUUACGGAAAAGUAUGAUGGAAGAGAUGUCGGCGAUAGCCCGCGAAAUGGCCCAAAAGGCUUCAGAAUUGCAACAGCGCGAAGAAAAGCAAGCUUUUUUUGUGGAAAGCAGCCUGUACACAUUACGGAAAAGUAUGAUGGAAGAGAUGUCGGCGAUAGCCCGCGAAAUGGCCCAAAAGGCUUCAGAAUUGCAACAGCGCGAAGAAAAGCAAGCUUUUUUACAACAGACACUGUCAGAAAGGCCGCCGAAAGAAAAACCGCAGCCACCGAGGAGGCGACAACACCUAAAGCGUGAAGAUAUCUCGGAGCCCUACGUAAAUCGGUUAUGUCACAUUCACGAAUCAUUUUUUGCAGACCUGAAGACUGAAAUAUCGUUGACCAAGAAUAUGCCGAUGAUUAAAUGUAAGCCGCUCGCUGCUGUUCUUUCCAAAUUUUAA